CUAUCCUUGACACCACUGAAACAAUCACUGGCAGAGUGAGACAGACGUUGUGUGCAGAGACAUAUUGAGACAUUAUAGUGAGCCAUCGGAGAAAUAAUGCUGGUGGUGUGUGUCACUGUUGUCCUGGGUCUUCUCGCAGUGGAAGGCUCCCAGGCUGCCCCUUCAACCUCUGAGGAACUGGUAAAUGUAGCCUUGAAAAAAGUGGCCACACAGUCAUCAUAUCUUGACCAUCGCACUGCUCAAUUGGCCAUUGAUGGGAACAAAGCCACAAACGAUGUACCCUGCACCCACACUAAACAUGACACCAACCCCUGGUGGAGAGUGGACCUGCUGGAUGUGUACAGAGUGACAGGUGUCAGCAUCACCAACAGAGGAGACUGCUGUUCUGAGAGGCUGAAUGGUGCUGAGAUCCGCAUCGGUAACUCUCUGGAGAACAAUGGCAUCAACAACCCCAGAUGUACUGUCAUCAACCAAAUCCCAGCAGGUGAGACCAACACCUUCCAGUGUGAGAUGCAGGGUCGCUACGUUGUUGUGGUCGUCCCUAACAGGAAUGAACAUCUCACUCUGUGUGAGGUGGAAGUAUACGGCACUCCUGCAGUAAAUGUAGCCUUGAAAAAAGUGGCCACACAGUCAUCAUAUUUUGACCAUCGCACUGCUCAAUUGGCCAUUGAUGGGAACAAAGCCACAAACGAUGUACCCUGCACCCACACUAAACAUGACACCAACCCCUGGUGGAGAGUGGACCUGCUGGAUGUGUACAGAGUGACAGGUGUCAGCAUCACCAACAGAGGAGACUGCUGUUCUGAGAGGCUGAAUGGUGCUGAGAUCCGCAUCGGUAACUCUCUGGAGAACAAUGGCAUCAACAACCCCAGAUGUACUGUCAUCAACCAAAUCCCAGCAGGUGAGACCAACACCUUCCAGUGUGAGAUGCAGGGUCGCUACGUUGUUGUGGUCGUCCCUAACAGGAAUGAACAUCUCACUCUGUGUGAGGUGGAAGUAUACGGCACUCCUGCAGUAAAUGUAGCCUUGAAAAAAGUGGCCACACAGUCAUCAUAUCUUGACCAUCGCACUGCUCAAUUGGCCAUUGAUGGGAACAAAGCCACAAACGAUGUACCCUGUACCCACACUAAAUAUGACACCAACCCCUGGUGGAGAGUGGACCUGCUGGAUGUGUACAGAGUGACAGCUGUCAGCAUCACCAACAGAGGAGACUGCUGUUCUGAGAGGCUGAAUGGUGCUGAGAUCCGCAUCGGUAACUCUCUGGAGAACAAUGGCAUCAACAACCCCAGAUGUACUGUCAUCAACCAAAUCCCAGCAGGUGAGACCAACACCUUCCAGUGUGAGAUGCAGGGUCGCUACGUUGUUGUGGUCGUCCCUAACAGGAAUGAACAUCUCACUCUGUGUGAGGUGGAAGUAUACGGCACUCCUGCAGUAAAUGUAGCCUUGAAAAAAGUGGCCACACAGUCAUCAUAUUUUGACCAUCGCACUGCUCAAUUGGCCAUUGAUGGGAACAAAGCCACAAACGAUGUACCCUGCACCCACACUAAAUAUGACACCAACCCCUGGUGGAGAGUGGACCUGCUGGAUGUGCACAGAGUGACAGCUGUCAGCAUCACCAACAGAGGAGACUGCUGUUCUGAGAGGCUGAAUGGUGCUGAGAUCCGCAUCGGUAACUCUCUGGAGAACAAUGGCAUCAACAACCCCAGAUGUACUGUCAUCAACCAAAUCCCAGCAGGUGAGACCAACACCUUCCAGUGUGAGAUGCAGGGUCGCUACGUUGUUGUGGUCGUCCCUAACAGGAAUGAACAUCUCACUCUGUGUGAGGUGGAAGUAUACGGCACUCCUGCAGGGCCCUAGUUUUCAAAAGAGUCCUGUAAAACACUGGCUAUGCUUACAAAAAUAAAACAGGAAUCUUCAGGGUCCCUAAUACGUCACAUUCAAUGUGUUCAGCUACCACCAUUACAUGACUGGAGCCAUCUUGAUGUGAAAUAAGUAGGACAGGUGUUGAUGCCAAAGUUAGAAUAAACUCACUGCCAUACUAUACUCAAUAUAUACGUUAUUUCCUCAUAAAUGAUUUCUCUUUCAAUUUGUAUUUCUUCUUCUUGUAUAAGGGUGUCCUUUAUUCAUAAUGUCCCCGGUGGUCUGAUACUUCCCCCAAGAGGUUACCUGGAGAUGUUAUGAAUGCAGCAUUUGUUUGUUUGAUCUUUAACCUUUUGAGAAACCUAGGGUCAAAGUGUAAUGACCUUCCUGUUUUGUUUUAGUAAUUCACUUAUUCACAUGGAGAGAAAUAAAGCAUUUUAACUUGCUUAA